AUAAACAAACAGCCCAAGUAAGAAUUUUAUUAUAUUAUUAUAUAUAUUUUGAAUUUGCUGGUAAAUAUUUAACAUUUCCUCUUGGGUUUAAUUAAUAAACAGAGUCCAAGUGUUGAGAGUAAGUCUGUCUGUCCUUUCUUACAGCUGAGGUGAAGAGCUGUCUGGAAAAUCCGCAGUUAAUCCCUCCAUGACCUCUCUGGGCUGAGGAGGAGUCCAAACAAUGUGCAGGACGGGAGCAGAGGAGCAGGAGCGACGCUAAGGGCCUGGAACCCAAACCCAACCCGGGUGAGUUCCUCAGGGGGGUUUUUUUAACCAUGGAGGAGAAUAGGUCCACUCCCCCCGGGCUCCGCUUGGACCUGAACAACUUUGACUCGGCCGAGGCGGAGAUGAGUCGCUGUGUUUUAACGAGCCCCCGCUCUUUGGAGUCCUGCGCACGGCUGGGCAUCAAACCCGUUGCUCUUUUAAUCAAAUCGCUCAACGAGUUAAUAGCCGAGCAGCAGGACGCGCCCUUUGAGGCGGUGAGAGUCAUGCACGAGUCCUACGAAAAGGAGAGGACCAAGCUUUUACAAAUGUGCCGGGAGGAGAGGGAGAGGAUUAUCCGGGAGGCCGGGAGCAGGUGGCCACGCGGCUCUAAGGUGUCAGGCCUGGCAGCGAAGGAAGAGGUAAAGGACAGACUUUCAGCAGAGCCCGUCCCGUAUGCAGAUCUGUGUUUAAAAGGGAAAAGUGUGAAAAGCAGAUCGCCCUGUAACUCCCACAGAGACCGGAGCACCGUGUGCAGCUUCAGCCUGGGAGACCUCAGACACUCCCCGAAGACGGAGAGGAAACUGGAGAAGCUCACCAAAGACAUCAACAAGGAGAUGUGUGUGACUCUGCCCGAGAGAGACCGCAAGAUAGCCGCUCUCAUGCUGGUGAAGCACGAGGAGGAGGAAGCCGGUCUGAAGCUCUCUCUGCAGGAGGAGCAGGAGCGCGAGGAGGCCCGGAGGCGGGAGGAGGCCGAGCGAGCCCAGGCGGAGAAGAAGAGGAGGAGGAAACUGAGGCAGAGUAUGAGACGCUGGAACGAGGAGCUGGAGGUGCGCAGGAAACUGAGGGAGAUCCGGGAGGAGGAGAAGAUGGGACAACUGAAGCAGGAGGUGCUGCUGCAGGAAGACAAAUGGAGGAUUCUGAAGGAGGAGGUGGAGGCGCAGCGGAGGCAGAAGAUGGAGGCCGCGCAGAGAGAGGCAGAGGGGCGCAAACGCUACCAGGAGAAGUCGCUGAAAGAGAGAGAGGAGGUGGAGAAGAGGCAGCGAGAGAGGGAGAGGCAGGUUGCGGCGGAGAAGGAGCACAAGGCCAGGAGGAGCAGAGUGCUGCAGGAGAAGAGGGAGAGGACGAGGCUGCAGGAGGGGAAUCGCAUGGAGCUGCUUCGACAUGUUCUCCUCAAGCAGCGGGUGGAGCAGCAGGUGGAGGAAGAGGAGGAGCUGAUGAGGAGCGCCCUCGAGAGGAAGCUGCAGCGCUCCUGCGAGAAACGCGCCCGGGUCGCGGACGCCCGGCUGAGGGAGCUGAAGGAGCGGGCGGCCCGGGAGGAGGAGCAGAUCCGGAGGGCGCGUCUGACGGUGCGGAGCGUCCAGGAGCUCACGCACAAGCAGGUCCUGGUGCAGCUGAGCCAGCGGCGCACAGAGAGAGCCGCCCUGCACGCCGCCGCCCGGAGCCGCGUGCGAGCCCUGCAGACGCAGCAGCGCAACACGCGCAGGCAGCUCUGCCACCAGCGGCUGAGGGAGAGCAUCCAGAGGGAGGAGGAGGCGGCGAGGAGGGUCAGAGAGAGCGGCCUCUUCCUGAAGGAGUGGAGGAGGGAGAGGCUGCGGAGACAGAGGGAGCAGAUACAGGAGGAGGCGAACAGGCUGGCACGCGCCUCCUUCCACAUGAGGGAGAGAGUGAGGCAGCAGACGCACGGGCGGACAUUUGACCGGAUGGCUCUGGAGGCUCAGCUGGCCGCCUCCAUGAGCCGCAUGAAACUAUGAAAGACUUGAU